UUUAGGAUUUGUGGCACAACAAGCACUAGUUGCAGCAGCUAGCUAGUAUUAAAAUUUAAUCAUGACAAGAUUAGGAGCUGCUAUUUACUGGUUGGCAUUAAGUUUAACUCUUCAGAUAAAUGUUCUAUCAGCAACCUUCCUGGUGAGUGAUGAGAGGCCGUGUCCAAUGGAGAGAGUCACAUUCACCUGCACUGCUCCUGGAGCUAACCUGAGAUGGUCACUAUCUGAUGUUGCUUCAAAUAUCGAUGUUCACUCUGAGUUCACUCCCCUCAACACACCUCUGAUGCCAGUACAAGGUUACACUGUGACACGGAUUGCUCUCAACAAUGCUGGCAUAGCAUCCACCCUCUCAAGAAUAGCCGAGGAUGGAGUCAUGGUGACUUGUCUAAACCCAAACCCUUCAAAUGAGAUUGGAUCAGCGACCAUUCAGUUGGCUGUUCCUCCUUCUCCUCCUCAAAGAGUCGGUCACUCUGUUGAUAACAGUUCAGCCGAUGGAGUCAGUGUGACUGUACAGUGGGACCCUCCUACUGAGACUGGUGGUAGAGAUGACCUUACCUACACAGUGACUAUCUCACCUCCGGCCCAGCUCUCUGCUACUGUCCUCACAUCCACCUCUGUCACUAUGACUGCUCAAUACAAUGUGAACUACACUGUCAGUGUUGUGGAUACCAACUGUGCUGGGAACAGUACAACUGCUGAGUACAGCUUUAGGAUUGGUAAGCUGGCAGCAUUACGCAGUCACAUUUCCGAUUCCUUUGCAGGCGGCUGUCCUGAGUUGACCAAUCCCACAAAUAGAACAUUUGGACCAGUGUCCAGCAGAUUGCCAGGAUCCACUGUAACAAUCCAGUGUGAUAAAGGGUAUGUGUCUCCUGUUACGAUGGUGACAUGUGAUGACGGUACACUAUUGUGGAGCCCAAGCUCUGAAACUAUCAUGUGUGGUCAAUUGCAACAAACCCAGGCUCCUCCAACAACUGCUCUUCUAAUGAGAUGCACUGCUCAACUGGACCCACCACGGAAUGGUACCAUUAUCAGUGAUCAUUUUUUACCAGCUAUUCCCGGUACACAAGUGUCCUUUCAGUGUGAUAAUGGACUGUUCCCCGAGGGGAUAUCGACUUCCACCUGUCUCGCUACAGGAGAUUGGGACAGGAACCCAGGAGAGAUUGUCUGUAGAGUUCAAUCCCCAAGUAUUUUCACUGGUACUGACCUUGGUAUUGCUGUUUCCGUUAGUGUGAUUAUCACGGCAGCUCUGUUUAUAAUCAUUGGAUUCCUCACUGGACUCUUAGUGAUAUAUCUUCGCUAUCAUAAGAAAGCAGCGCAUUUUCCGGCAGCUGAAGGACAAGGUAAUGCAAGAUCCACUGCACCCGUUGGCCCUGUGUAUGAGGAGGUGUCUCCCAAAGAAGAGAUUGAACUGAACACUAACCAAGCGUAUGGACCAUUAUAGAACUGUUACUCAUUGCAAUAGCAUUAAUUUUUAACAGGUUACAAGGGCAAAGGUUAUGAAAGUGAUCGAGAUUGUGGUAAUGACUAUCAUACCCUAUGUAGAAGCCAAAACAAACAUUGAGUUGCAUGGCCGUGGCUUGUUAUCAUACAUUAGCCGCU